CAGAUUGGAACCAAGUCCUAUUCUCUGUGGUCAAUACCGUCUGUUCUUUCCCCACGGUACCAACCUCUGUCUACUAGCAGGAUGUGAUUGUCCUCCUCCUCCUUCACUACCUUCACUAACUCUUUCCAUAGCAAUAUCGUCACACCCAACGCCACCACCACGACUUUUCUCUCCUGUCCCUCCACCUCCUCAAACUCCCCUGCCUUCCUCUAAACCAACCCAGAUACUGCGUUUCCCUCCCCCAACUUCGACUCCAGCACCAUCUUUUUCUUCAAGUGGCCUCAUCGUUGGAAUAGUGGCAGCAGUCACUUUCGCCAUUUUGAUUGUGGUGUUUAGCGCUUUUGCCAUUUUUUAUUGGAGGAAUAGGAAGAGAGAACACGAUAAGGGGCUCAGACUUAAAGCUAAUAGCGGCAUAAUGGAAAUGUCAUCAAAGAACAGAAUAUUCAGAUACGAGGAGUUGGCAAUUGCAACAGAUGGAUUCUCCAAAGCAAAUUUGCUUGGAGAGGGUGGAUUCGGUUAUGUCCACAAAGGAGUUCUUCCAAACGGCAAGGAGGCUGCCAUCAAACAGCUCAAGGAUGGAAGUAGGCAGGGAGAGCGUGAAUUCCAAGCUGAAGUAGACAUAAUCACUCGGCUUCAUCACAGGAAUCUCGUUUCUUUGCUUGGAUAUUGCAUCGCCGGCCACCGUAGGCUUCUCGUCUAUGAAUUUGUUCCAAACAAUACAUUAGAGUUCCAUCUACAUGGGCAAGGUCCUACUGUAGAUUGGCCUACAAGAAUGAGGAUUGCUCUAGGAGCUGCUAAGGGAUUAGCAUAUCUUCAUGAGGAAUGUUAUCCUAAGAUCAUCCAUCGUGAUAUCAAAGCUGCUAACAUUCUCCUCGAUUUUAAUUUCCAAGUGAAGGUUGCUGAUUUUGGACUUGCAAAAUUUUGCCCGGAUAUGAAUACGCAUGUUUCCACUCGAGUGAUGGGAACUCUAGGGUAUGUAGCCCCUGAAUAUGCUUCCAGUGGAAACCUCACUGAAAAAGCCGACGUUUUUUCCUUUGGAGUCAUGCUUCUUGAGUUAAUUACUGGCCGCCGACCAAUAAUUGAUUCACAUCAUACUUUCAUGGAGGCAAUGCCUUUGCUAACAAAGGUUUUGAAAGAGAAUAAUUUUAAAGUUGUAGCUGACCAAAAUCUCCAAAAUCAGUAUGAACCAACCGAAAUGAUUUCCAUGCUGGCUUCUGCAGCUUCUUCUAUACAAUAUGAAGCAAAGCUUCGACCAAAGAUGAGCCAGAUAGUUCGUGCUUUGGAAGGAGAUCCAUCUCAAGUAGCUGAGUUCACUUCUAAUGUAUUAUGCUUAGAUUCUGAGGCUGCUACAUACAGACGAGAAAUGAUCAAAAUCAUUAAUGACAUAAGUGGAUCCACGAGUUAAUUAUUAGUUGGUAUAAACCCAUCUGAUCAACAGUAGAAGUCUCGGGAACAAGGGUUACUUCUUAAGUAUUUCGAAAUCUACACAAAUACAAUACUAAUGGACUCUAAUACUACUACU